GUUUCUCAAAUUGAAAACUAGUUGGAGCAGACAGAGCAGAGCGACAAUAUUCAAUAAGCAGAACAUUCAUAUUGGAUUUCAAGUUCUACAGUUCUGUGGCUUAUUUAUUUUAGUUCAUGUGACUAAAUGUUUGUUUCUCAGGUGUGAAGACAAUUGGGUCUGUAACAAGGAAACUGUAAUCCAGACCAUGGCUCUGGCAUCAUUGUUCAGGUGGAACGAGCCCUACUACAGGCACACUCAGAGGAGCCCUGCGGAUACGGUGACCGAGAUGCUGAUGCUGGAGCUCAGCUGGCAAAUCAAACAGGCUGAGAAGCUGCAGCGGGAGCGAGACAACGAGUACCGCAGGAUCAAAACCGGAGUCGAUUACAGCUGGCUGGUCAGCUAUCCCAAGAACAGUUAUGACAUCCCACCAGGGGAGAGACUGGAGCUGGAGAAUGCCUGUGCCAAAAUACACCCCUCUUACUGUGGCCCAAUGAUACUCAGGUUCCGGCAGCUUGUGACAGAGUAUGAGCCUGAAGUCCAGGAGGUGUCACAGCUCUUUCGCACCGUUCUUCAGGAUUAUAUGGAAAAGUUGAAGGAAGAGGAAGAGGCCAAGAGGCUGGCCAGGCAGUGGAACAGUAAGCGGUCAAUAAGCCUGUCCUUAAUGACCGUCAAACCCAGAGUGAGGAUAUACCCUUUCAGCAGUGACAUAAUCAAGACAGUUUCUGAGGAUGUGGAGAGGGGCACAAGUGAGCCGAACAAAAGAGUGUGGAGCAUGCCGGAGUUUAGGCAUUCAAAGGGGUCGUGAUGGGCAUAGCCCUUCACCAACCUCUCUGUAGCUUUAGUACUUUGUUCAGUACCUUAAAUUAUAUUUGAUAUGUUUUGUCUAUAUGAUCAACUUCUUAAGAACCACAGUGUUAAAUGGUGACUGAAUGCAUAGUGGUAGACCAGGAAAUUAGUAAAAGCAUUGAUUGUUUUGAUCUAUGCUUUUGCUGUUUAUUGAUAGUGAUUUACAAUGGUCUUUAAAUGUUUAAUCCUAGUUAUUUGUAAUUUACCUUGCUUGUCUUUACAUUUCACUAUGCUAUGUUUUGUCAUGUAAUACUGCCGUGAACUAUGAUGUGUGAAAAUGUUACAAAAACUAAUGAGGUUUUUUAAAACAUUUUAAAAGGGCUAGAAAGUCUGAUUUUAAGAAGUGGUCUUUUUUUUUUUUUUUUGCUGUAUAAUUCAACCUUGGAGUGAACAGAGCUAAGAACUAAAUCAGGUAAAACCUACUUAUCCAAAGAUAAUAGGGCUUUGUAAACCUAUUUAAUAAUGUGUUAUAUAUUUAUUUAUUUGUAAUCUGAUAGGAAAGGAAUGGAGUGAAUAGAUAUUGGUUUGUGAAUCAGGUGCACAUUAGUGACAAGUGGAUAACAAUACCUUGCUUUAUAGAGAAGACAGAAAGUAAGGCUUUCAAUAUGAUCAAUUUAUGUAUGUAAAUACAACAAAGAUCCUACAUUUCUACAGUAAGUCCUUACAAUCUCAGUGUCAGACAUUUUACAAUUUUGUAUUUAAACAUAAAGCACACUUGUUAUUUGGCUUGGUUAAAGAUGCUUAUGGUUAAAUGAGAGCUGUAUUCAUAAAAGGUGUUUACCAGCUGACUUUAUACAUGGCUACGAGUAAACAUGCGUGCAAAUUGGACUUAAACGCGUCUGGCUAAAAGGGCUUUUAACGAAACUUU